CAAUAAGGUUCUGUUUCAAAGACUAAUUGAUAUCAUCCGGCUGCGAUACGUCGAAAAACAGGUCGAAUGAAGGGGAAUUCGCCGGUAAUCAUUUCGUUUUGUUCAGAAAUCAACGUCUAAUAACCACUUCAGCCCUAUCAGAUAUCACCAUAUAACAUUAAAACUGCUGCUGUUCUUUACAGAACAUUUAUUUGGAUAGAAAGGUGGAUUGGUACUGCGACUGAGUUGUUGAAAGUCAGUCAGACAAACGCUAGACGACGCGACGGCGCAGGCUUUUGCAGCUCGUGGAGCAGGAGAAGACAGACAGAGACACUGACAGAGAGCUAGAGGCACAAUCGGGCGAUACUGGUCGAGGAAGAGUCGCUACUGAUUGUGAUAACAUGGGUUCUGUGGGGCGGCUGGCCUCAAGAACAUUAUUUCGAGCAUCCACAAGCAAUAUAUAUUGCCCUCACAGGAGAAGAUUGUCCCUAUCCCGGCACCAUUGUCAAGAACAAAGCCUACCAAGCUUUGGUCUUCUGUUCGAUAUCGAUGGUGUCCUUAAGAGGGGUAAGACAGUACUACCUGAAGCAAAGGAAGCCUUUCGCCUACUUACCAAUGACAAGGGCAAGAUGAGAAUACCCACUGUAUUUAUCACUAAUGCUGGCAAUUCACUCAGAGAGCAGAAAGCCAGUGAGCUUGGAGAUAUCCUGGAAGUACCGAUUUCUCCAGAUCAAGUUGUAAUGUCGCACAGUCCUCUCAGGAUACUGCCACAGUUUCAUGACAAGCAUGUCUUGGUGUCUGGUCAAGGACCGGUAGUGGAAAUUGCAAACAUGUUGGGUUUUACCAAGGUGAUCACGAUUGAAGAGGUGCGAGAUCUGUUUCCUCACUUAGACUGUGUCAGCCAUAAACGCAGGAGACCUUCGUCAAGUCCAUCGACAGAGAGAGUAUUACCACCUAUUGAAGCCAUUGUACUAUUUGGUGAACCUGUGAGGUGGGAGACCAACCUACAGCUCAUUCUAGAUGUGUUGAUGACCGAUGGUCAACUGGAGCUCAAACCUCUCACUGUGCCGCGGCCGCAUAUUCCAAUCUUGGGCUGUAACAUGGACCUUCUAUGGAUGGCUGAAGCACACUUACCAAGGUUGGGGCACGGCUCAUUUCUUCUGUGUCUAGAAGCACUAUACAAGAAAGUAACUGGUCAUGACCUGAGGUACGAAGUAUUGACUGGGAAGCCAAGUCAGAUAACAUACCACUAUGCUGAGCAUGUACUGAAGCAACAAGCCAGGACAAUGGGUAUUCAGCAGAGUGUGAGGACCCUCUAUGCUAUAGGUGACAAUCCAAUGACGGACAUCUACGGGGCUAAUCUCUACAACCACUACCUGACGUAUAUGAACAUGAGUCGCGUGAAGAAGUCGAUAAGCAUCGGUAGCUCCAUGAACGAUCCUGGUGAUAAGUACAGACCAUCUCUCAAUGGUGGCCCCGGGAGUGAUUUCCACGACUCCUCCGUGAACUUAGACAAAGACUGGAAUGACAUCAUUGCGGAGGAAGGAGCAGAGAGCAUCGAGUCGAUCCUCGUAUGCACCGGCGUAUACUCCAAGAGAGACAGCGUGGAGAAGAUAGAACGCGAUUCGGACCUUGAUCUUGAUCACGGCCACAGGGACUUCAAACAUGACACUGACCUGCUACGACCGUCCAUGGAAGUCCAAGACGUACUGGAGGCAAUAGAAGAGAUAUUCAAGAUCGAGAAGUUCUCUUGACCUUUGUGGUGAUGCAUUUAUGUUACUCGUCUCGUCGUGGCUUCACCAAAUACUUUUCUAUUGUUCUACACUUGUGGGCUUUCAGUUGUAGUGAGGGUAUUUAUGUGUGUGUGCAUUGAAAGCAAGAUAGAUUCACCUCGGAAGAUGGAGAAAUGGGUCUGAAAAGACUCUUUUUAUUUUGAAUGUCAGGUGAGAGUGUGCUUAUUUCAUCGUAGCUGAUGCGCACUUCACUAACAUAAUUGGUUUACUGGUUAAAGAAGUACAUUGGACUGUAUACAUAAAACUAACCAUUGAUAUGCUAGGGUUUUGCUUCACAUACAUAAUGGUCUUCUUGUUAUUGAAGGUCCCGAGUUCAAGUCUCAAGUGAUAUGUCUGGAUGGUGAAUAAUGUUACAUGUUGACCCCUGACAUAACUGAUACUUGCCUCUAUUCAGCCAUUAGUACACACACAUACUAGAUAAUUGAGCACUUUCUUAUACUGUUUACCUGUGUGAUACAGGUAGGCAAAUUUUCCAAGUUAGAUAUGACAUAGAGAAGGCCUCUUCAUAUAUGGUUUGAUAUACAGGGUUUCCUUUUGCCUACGGAAUAAACAUGGUGAUGAAGAAAUAUGCUGUAAGAGUUGAAUGUAUUUAUGAAAUCUUGCUAUAGAAUUAGACAUGAGAGCUAGAAUAUCAUGGAAACAUGCAUAUAUUGUAUUGUAUGCUGUGUAGCCGUUUUCUGCUCAUGUAGAUUGGAAAAAAAAGAAGGGACUAUUCCAAGAUCAGACAUGAGAAGAAGUGUAGGACAUAUGAAAAUUAAAUAUGCCAGAGAAAUAGUCAGUAGUUUUGAAAUAUAUUUAUUAUCGAAAACUACUGUAUACAAUAUAUAUGGAUUUAUAUUAACUAUUAUCAUGAUUGUACAGAUAUUCCUAGAAAACAAGAAACUGCGCUUGCUUGCUUGUGAAAAUAAACAAUUAUGUCUGAGGCAGGGUCUAGAAAUCAUGCUUCCUUGAAAAAAAAAAAUCCAUGAUCUGUGAUUUAUGGAUGUUGCACAUUAAGUAUUUCUACUUAUACCUUCAAAAGGUGUGUCAUGCUGUUAAAAAAUAUUAUGUAUUGUAAUUUACGGUAUAUGUUUUGCAACCAAUUUUUAAUGUAGCGUUAUUUAUCAACAAUAUGUCUUAACAAAACUUACUUUUACAUUAUUUCAUUUGCAAGUUUCUUCUCCCAUUUGGUGCAGUUCAUCUUGUUUAAUAAGUUCUACAUUUGUAUUGUCUUUGUAAAUUUAAAAAAAUAGGGAUUGGAUAAGAUGAAAGGCCGAUUAUAUUUAUGCCUUUGUGAAGUUAAAUCCAACUUCAAAGACUUGAGAAUUGUGGCGGAUACCUCGAUUAACAUAGGAUAUGUGUUAAGAUGGGGUUCGCAUCAAUUCACCGGGAGAGCAUUUUGGCAAGUUUCAUUGAAAUUUCUGAUGAUAUGAAACACAUACAUCUUUUCAGGAGAUAUUCAUGGUCUAUAUAGACUAUAUGUAUUUCAUGAAUUUUUCACCAUAUAGGAAUGAAUUUGGUGCAGAGGUGUUUUAAUGAUGAUAUGCAUUUUUACUCUCAUUUUUGUCACUUAUUGCUACCAUAGGUGUAUGGUAUCCACAUGCUUAUGAUAUGCUGUAAUAAUAUUUUCAUUUUCACCUUUGUGUACUACAAUUACUUCAUUAUUUAUGGUGGUUACACUGUUCCGUUUUGUCUCUGGUCACUACUCCUUAUCUACAUUUUCAGACCUCAAAUUCGGAUAAAGCAGGAUAUAUUUUUAUCCCAAAGUACAAAAAUGUGCAAUUGCUGCUAACAAACAGAUGUACUUUUUCACAGUUGAGGUACCUUGACUCAUGAUGACUGCUGUAAGAAUUAAAGUAUUUUUCAUUUAUGUACUUCAGAUUAUGAUAAAACUAUUAACAUUAAUGUGGAGUUAUCUUUUGUUGUCAUCAUGCUUUUCAUAUUUUUUUUCUUUUAGAAAGUGUAAUCUUUUGGAAUUUGCACUAUAAAAAUGAGCUUUUCAGACUUUUCUUUUUAAGUGAACGAGUAUCAUGUAUCCUUGCCCUAUUCCAUGAGGAUAAUCGAAAUGUGACAGCGAGAUGAAGAAGUAGGAUUAUGUCUACAUUUACCUCAUCACCCCUUUCUAAGUUACUAUAUAUACUUUGGGAAUGUUUUUUUUUUAUUUGUAUUGAAUGUUUUAACUACAAGUUAAGUUUGCUUUAACCUUUUAACCCCUAAAUUAAUAUCAGUUUAAAUGUCUUGUUUCUUGACUUGAUGCUACCCUGUGCCUGAAUUUUGCUUGUAGAGGUCAUAUCAGACAUGCAAGUAUUUUGAGAUAUGCUAAACAAGUAUUCUGUACAAACUAGCCUUAUGAUAAGGGUAAACUGCAAAUAAAAUUAUCCUUUUAUUAUA